AUAUAGAACAGAGCAGAGGCAGUAGGCCUACAAAAUACGACAGUAGAGUGCAGUAGGCUACUGUAGACCAAUGAACUCACUGGCACAAGACCAAAUAGAUGUAUGGCGGCCCUGAAGUGCAAAACACAACCGCAUUUAAUUUUACCCGAUUAGGAUUUCACCUUAAGUACAGACAGAACCCCCGGCAGACUGGAUGGAAGGGAGGAGAAGAAGACGGAGGGUGUAAGAAACUAAAGAGUGAAGGAGGACAAAAAACGGAGGGGUGAAUAUGAAUCGAGAUCCUGGAGUCCCAGAGCUAGAUUCCUCCUUGGAGACACCUGGAAAUCCCGACAGUGAUGAGAACUCAGAGGAUCCGAUGGAGGACCCGGAGAUGGAUCCGGUGGUGGUUUGGGUUCCCAGUGGGAGGCGUCUGAUCUCCGGGAUGCUGGGUCUGAAUGUGGUGCUGCUGGGAGCGGCCCUGUUGAUCGGAGAGUCUUUACCCCCCGAGGGCCUGAAGCACCAGGAGCCCCAGGUGUUCUUGCUGCUGCUGAUGGGGGUUAGUUCGCUCUGGAUGCUGUGGUACCUGCUGUGGGCCCGGAAACAGCCCGGCAUCUGCCCGCACAAAGACCACCAUGCCGGGGGAAUCCCUGUCACCGGGGUCCUCAUGCUCUUUGCUGCCUUCAGUCUGCUGUUGCAUAUGUUCAAGGCCGGUUAUUUGAUGAUCAUGAUGGACUGUAAGCCUGUCGUUGAAGUGAUCUCUCCGUUCAUCGAGGCUCCUUUUAUCGUGCUGCAGACCUAUUUACUGUGGGCUCACUCCAAAGACUGCAUUCACAGACACAAGAUAAUCACCAGGUCGGGGAUGAUGGUGGUCCUCUCGGCCGACCUGCUGCUGUGGCUGAACGCAGUGAUAGAGGACACCAUCCAUGAGGAGAUCGAGCUAGAAAAAGGUUUCAGCAACACAACUGAAGCAGACACGUCUGAUUUAGCAGGAACGGCCAAUUCGACCCUCUGUGAUUGCAGUGCGAGCGCCGCCUGCCUCGCCUUCAGGAAAGGCUACGAAAUCCUUUAUCCCUUCAACAUGGAGUACUACCUGAUGGCCUGCUGCAUGAUCUAUGUGAUGUGGAAGAACGUGGGCCGCAGGAUGAGUCCAGGUCCCCACCAUGUCGCUCAGAAGCUGACCAUCCACGUUGUCUACCAUGGUGGGAUCAUAUGCGGCCUCGUUUUUGGCGCCCUGGUGCUCAUGGUGGGACUUGCCGUCUUCAUUCUGUAUCAGGUUUGGGUGAGCCAGGACGAGCUUCGCUUCACCGCCUUCCUCUUAUUUUACGGCUACCAUUUGGUCGUCAUGCCCCUGAUGUCUGUGUGCUCCCUGGCCGGGAUGCUGGUCCACCGGCUGGAGAGGAGGGCGAACGAAGCGGGACACAACCCCACCCGGAGCCUGGACGUGAUGCUCCUGGUGGCGGCUGCUAUGGGCCAGUUCGCCCUGUCCUACUUCUCCCUGGUGGCGGCCAUGGCCGUGGGGACGAGCGGGCUACUCGGGGAACUCGACCUGUCCUACUCCCUCCUCAGCCUGCUGCAGCUCAUCCUGCAGAACAUCUUCAUCAUCCAAGGCCUCCACAGGCACCCGAGCCUUCUCGCCAAGAAGAAAGAGAAGCAGCGGAGGAUCUUAUUCAAGCUUAAGAAAAAGGUUGCGGUGCCAAUAGAAGAUGAGAAGAAGACGGAUAUGUCAAUGCUGGAGGGGAACACGCCAGCUGCUGCACCAGAGCAUGAUGGGAAAAAGCCCUGGACCAAAAGAGCAAUACAAGAAAUCUGUUCUUUCCUCAUCUUUUGCAAUGUUAUGCUGUGGGUCAUCCCUGCGUUUGGAGUCCACCCCCAGUUUGAGAACGGCCUCGGGAAACAGUUUUUCGGCUUCUCUGCGUGGUUUGUUCUGGUGAACUUGGGUCAGCCGCUCAGCGUUUUCUACAGGAUGCACUCUGUGGGCGCUUUAAUGGAGCUGCUCAUCUCUGCGUGAUAUCCCUCUACAGUUUGUAUUUUACAUUGUCUGUUCCCUUUAGUUCCAAUUAAAUAUAUAAUAUG